AUGGCUUCACAACCAACCACCUAUUUGGUCAACGCCUCUCCAAGACCCACUGUUGAAGUCAAAGAUUUGAAAGAUGCCUACCAUGUGAUUAUUAAUAUGGAUUCAACUCCAACAACCACUCCAUCUGACAGUCAUCACCCUCAUGAUGAACAACUCGUUGCUCAAAAAUACAUUCAAUUUGCAGAGAAGGUCAAACAAAUCGCUGAUUCCAUUCCAGUAAAUAUCUCACCAGAAGCCUCUGCUCUCCAACAACAAUUAUUGGCCAUUGUCAGAGAUCUGACUUACAAAUCUGAACAUCCUGGUGUGGACAUGCUUCAAUCGACUUUGAAAGGUUUCCAAUCAGCUGCAGCAGCAUCCUCUCAACAACAGCAAGCCUCAUCCAAUUCUGUUGAUGGUGCUCAAACUCUCUUCUUACCUUUGGUACUCAACGCUGCUUCAUUGGCCACCAUGGCUGCUUUGGCUGAACGUUCAGGACAAUCCAUGGAUCGAUUCGCUACUGAAAAACUCAAACCCUAUGAAGAUAAAAUUGCAACAAAGAUUGCUCCAUUCGUUCAAUCUAAAACAUUUCAACAUGUCAAUAACGCAUUGGCAGUGGUUUCAAGUGCAACGAGUUUGAAAGGUGGUUUGAAAGCGUUGGGAUUGGUAAGAAAGAUUAAACUCCCACCUGGAGCUCUGCAAAACGUUCGAAGUGCUUUGAAACUGGCUUCAAACGUUGUGAAAAAUCGACGACAAGAGAUUAUGAACAUGAUUAAAAAGAAUCCUUCACAGGCAUUGAAACAAUUUACCAAGAUUCAGAAUCGUGUGGAGAGAGUUCAAGGACAAUGGGAAGAUUUGAAAGGAAAUGUGAGAAAAUUCAGAGAUGAUCUUGUGAAUGGAAAUAACGGUCAAGAGGAAAUGUCACAACAGCAGUCCACAAAUCCAGAAUCAACUCAACAGUCCUUCGUGUCCCCAGGAAAUGGAGGUCGAUCACAAGAACGAUCGAGAAGAGGAAGUCCAGGAUCGAAUGGAAAUCAAAGAAGAGGAAAUACAAGAUCUAAUGGAAAUAACAAUACAAGAAGAAGAGGUAAUUCAAGAUCAAAUGGAAAUCAAAGAAGACGUAAUGGCAGAUCGACUGGAAACAACAGAAGAACGACCAAUAGAUCAAAGAACAGAAAUGGUAAUUCUUCAAGACGACUUGGACAAGGUCCAUCCAGAAGAAAUCGAGGAGGAAUUCAGAGAUCCAAUCAACAACAACGAAGAAAUAACAACAUGAAUCAAAGAAGAACAACCAACAACAAGAGGAAUUCCAAUAAUUUUCCAAGAAGAGGAAACUCACAAACAGGAUCAAGACAGAGAUCUAGUAAUUCGAAUGUUCGAAAAGUUUCCAAUCCAUUCUUAAGAGGCGCCUCUGCCAAUUCCUCGAAAAAAGGUUCAUUCAUGAAUCGAAGCAGCAAUCAGUUUCGUUCAUCCUCUUUGAAACCAACAAAAAAACUCUCUUUUCCAACGAACUUUUCUACACCAAAGUUGAAAUUUAGAAAGUAA